AUGACUCAAGAUCAGGAUUCUCACAUCCGACAAUGGAUCCAAGACGUCUGGAUUUCGACAGGGAAGCUCCUUGAGCGGGAGGAGAACUCAAGAAGAAGGCAAGAAGACCUGGAAUUCAGGAUCAGGGAGGAUCAAGCAGCGAACAAGCGAGCACUCGACCAUUGCGCCUACCUCGAAACAGUUGUCACGGAAUUGGAGAAAAAGAGGCUGCAACACGAGUCUAGCCUGAACCAUCUCAAUGAACAACAAUGGGUACUGCAUCAAGACCUGAUACAGGAAAGAACAAAGGUUAAAGAAUUGGAGGGUCGUGUUGAGAGCCAAUACUCAGUCAAUGAGGCUUUGCUGCGGGCUAUAACUCAAACUGAAAGCAACGAUUUCAGCCCGUUGAACCUUCAGCAAAUUCUCCUUGAGAAUGAGCGGCAACGCGAGCUGAUCUCCACGCUUCAGUCUACGUUAAACGCGCGGGAAGCCACGGUACGGUACCUGCAGAUGGCCUUCCACGAGACAUCUCAGGAUCGUUGUUCGGACUGCAGCUGGGGUUCCGACACCGAAAGCUUCCUAAGCGAGUCUGGCACGUCUUUGUCACAUGAGAGCCGUAAUAGCCGCGAUGGCUCAACCACACCACCGGCAAACUCACAAAAAUCCGGGGUCUGA